AUGACUUCCAAGGGCAGUCUCCAGGGCUAUCCUGGCCCAGUGAUUCACGAGCCAGCUCGUCCACCACGCCGCCGAUUCCUGAGACGCUGGCGACGAUCCAUUGGAGGUGUUGCGUUGGUCGCAACGCUGCUGCUGGUCUCCGUCAGGUCCCCUGCAGAUCUACUGACUCCGACCACCUCGGCAGCGACCAAGCGAGAGUUCCACGAAGGGCUGCAGAAAUGUCACGAUGUGGUCAAUCCCCGCUGGAACCCCGUCGCAGGCCAAAAAGAAGCCAUCGUCAUCCAGAAUGCGACGCUCUUCGACGGAGAAUCCACCCUCGACGACCGGGUUGAUAUCAUCUUCGACGCCGGGGUGAUCCGCUCGGUGCUCCCGACUUCGCAAAACACCCCUAUCCCAGCCAACGCCCAGGUCAUCGACGUCCACGGGUCAUUCGUCACCCCCGGCCUGGUGGAUAUGCAUUCGCACCAUUUGCUGCUCUCCUUCCCGCAGCUCCCGGCCACCAAGGACGUCAACGAGAGCCCGCUCCUGGGCCCGCUGACCUCCUUCGUGCGUGCCGUGGAUGGGUUCAAUCCAGACGACCCAGCCAUCAAGAUCAUCGCCUCCGGCGGUGUGACCUCGUCGCUGAUCCCCCCGGGAUCGGCAAAUGUAAUCGGCGGCGAAGCCUAUCUAGUGAAGAACUUACCCCGACCCGGCGCAGACAGCGAGCCGAUCAUCGAAGAGUUGCUCCUCGACCAUGGCAUUCCCGAGGCGCAGCGCCAGCGGUAUCUCAAGAUGGCGUGUGGGGAGAACCCCCGACGGUUCUACGGACACACCCGCCUCGGUCUCGCCUGGCUGCUGCGCGAAGAACUCAACAAAGCACGAGAGCUGCACGCCCGCCAGACGGAAUGGUGCCAGGCUGCAUUCCAGAUCGAGGAGACCAGGGUGGGGCAAAGUCAGCAGAUCGCCAAUUUUAUCGACCGACAAGGCAAGCGACCAGAAGAAUUCAAGCUCGAGACUCUGGUGGCGUUGCUGCGCGGAGAGCUCAAUCUGAACGUGCACUGCUAUACGCCCGACGAUCUGGAGCGCAUGCUUGCCGUGCUGCAUGAGUUUGGAGUGCAUCCUCGGGCCUUCCAUCAUGCGUUGUCGGCGUGGCAGGUGCCGGAAUUUCUGAAACAUCUCGAACGAAACAUCACUAUUGCCACGUUCGCCGACAACGGGCUGUACAAGGCCGAGGCCUACGAGUCGAAUCUGCGAGGGCCCAAGGUUCUGGACGAGCACGGUCUCCGCGUGGCCCUGAAAUCGGAUCACACGGGGGAAGGCAAUUAUGCAAAGUACCUCCUCGACCAGGCAGCAAUUGCACACUCGUUCGGCCUGUCCGAGAAAAAGGCCCUGCAAUCAGUGACCUCAAUCCCGGCUCGCUCCAUCCAGCAAGACCACCGGAUCGGCUACGCACGCCCUGGCUACGACGCCGAUCUCGUCAUCUGGGAUGACCAUCCGCUGCAAGUGGGCGCCACUCCGAUCGAGGUGUUCAUCGACGGUCGCGCCGUGCUCGAAUCACCCGCCUUACUAUCAAUCCAAGACAACGAGUUUGUAGCACAAGCCGCACCAGCCGUCCGACCCUCCGUCGCCACAGCCGAGCGGGACCGCGUAUGCGCAUCCGUGCGCGAUCAAGUGUCCCACGCGAACAUCCUCUUCACCGGCAUCCAGCACGUCCUCCUCAACUCGACCACAAAUCUCCACACAGAAGCAGCGCACGACAGAGUCCUCCUGCUCACAAACGGCCAGAUCGCCUGCCUCGACACCAAGUCGACCUGUCUCGCGCAGACCACCAGUGAAUCCCUCACGCAGAUCGACCUCGAGAACGGAUACAUCACGCCCGGCCUGAUCGCCUUCGGCAACAAGCUGGGCAUCGAGGACAUCGCCUCGGAGCCCUCCACCGGCUCCGGCAAGGACGUCAAGGGCGCGGCCGACCCGCUGAACGAGCAGAAGAGCGUGCAUUUCGCCAAGUACGGCGUGCAUCUGCACGGGCGCGCCUUCAGCCGGGCGCAGAUCGGCGGCGUGACCAAGGCCAUCACCCCACCACUGAGCGCGGGCAUCAUUCAAGGGGUAAGUGUGGGGGUCCGCACCCACGAGCAGGCGACGAUCCUGGACGGAGGGAUCUGGAAGGACGACGUGGCGCUGCACUUCACGGUGGGACAGUCGGCGAGAACUUACGCGCGCAUCCUUACAGACGACAAUACCCCCACCGUCUUGUCUGGGAUCGAACGGCUACGGCAGGUGUUGGAGCAGGGAGGCAGCGACGGCUCGGGGAUUUACGCGCGAGCGGCGGAUGGGUCUCUUCCGGUGGUUGUGCAUGCUUUCCACCAGGACGACAUCGCCCAGCUGGUCCGCAUCAAGACGGACUUCCCCCGCGUCAAGCUGGUUCUCUACGGCGGCCACGGUGCCCCUCUGGUCGCCCACCACCUCGCCGAAGCAGCCAUUCCCGUCAUCCUCACGGGCAACCGCGGGGCCCCGGACCGCUGGGAGAAGAAGGACAUCCCCGUGGGCCCUCCGCUGAGCGAAAGUGCCGCGAAGACGCUCCUUGACGCCGGCGUGCAGCUCGGGCUGGCUCUCGUGGGCGACUCCGGGGUCCACGCGCUGGCCCAGCAUGCUCGGGUGGCCGGGAAGCAGGCGGGGUUGACGGAUGGGGAGGCGAUCGCGCUGGUGUCGACGAAUCUGGAGGAGAUUCUGGGGCUUCGCUCGGGGCAGAGUGCGAGGGGGGAGGGGGAGGGGGAGGCGUAUGUGGGGGACUUGGUGGUUUGGGAGGGAAAUCCGUUGCGCGGGGAAGGGUCGGUGGUUGUUUCGGUGCUGGAGGGCGGGGAGGUCGCGGAUUGUUGGCCGGAUAGGGUUGGGGCUGUUUUGUAG